AUGUUGACGCGUUUCGCUCUGCGUCCUGCAGGACGUACAGCUCUGCGCAGCUCCUUUUGUCGCGGUCUAGCUGCUUCGUCUGGUACUGAUGAUGGUAUCAAAACAGGGCGUCGCUGGACGGACCUCUUCACUACUACGGAACCCGCAAAGCUGGUCAAGCGCAAAGUGGCUAUUGUGACCGGCUACAUGGGCACGGGCUACCACGGGCUACAGCUGAACGACAACGUGAAGACCAUCGAGGACGAUGUUCGUCAGGCUAUCUUCGAUGCAGGUGCAAUGCGCGAGUCCAACUUUGUGGACCUGGGCAAGAUUGACUGGGCACGCAGCAGUCGUACCGACAAAGGCGUACACGCUGGCUGUAUUGUGUUCUCUGGCAAGCUGCUGAUCGACGAGGAGAACAAAAUGGACCCGGUGUCGGGUCGAGUUUACGGACUGAAGGAGGCACUGAACGCCUCUCUACCUGACAACAUCCGCGUGUUUUCCUGCACGAGAGUAAGCAAGCGCUUCUCUGCUCGCAAGAACUGCGUGCUACGGGAGUACGAGUACUUCAUGCCACUCUCGUUCCUGAAAGAUAGCCUCGUCGGAUCGGAUGGCGAGGACUUUGACACGGACGAAGCUGUUGCCGAGUUCUGUCGCGCACUGCGUCGCUACGAGGGAGUGCACGAUUUCCACAACUUUACCCGCUCGAGAUCGUAUUUCUACAAAAUGCAAGCGAAGAGGAAACAUUACAGAGCUAAUUACCAAAGGAACGCGGCUGAAGACGAGAGUGACGACGUAGACGCUGAGGAUGUUGAAGAUGAGAGUGCUGAAGUGGACUCUGUUGUCGACGACUACUCGGAGGAGUCGAGUCAGUUUGAAGAUGAAGAGGAGUUGACUCGCAAGCUGCUGCUUCGUCACCGCCGAUCCAUUUACUCGUGCUCGGGCACUCUCGUCCCGGAUUUCUGUGGUGAACCACACUUGCGUGUUCACAUCGUCGGCCAAGCUUUCCUGCUCAAUCAGAUCCGCUGCAUGGUCGGUGGUGCUCUGGCUGUGGCGACGAAGGGCAUGUCCCGAGUUGAGUUCGAUGCUGCUUUGUUGACGAACCGUAUUGUGCGCGUCCCGAUUGCUCCAGCGGAGGGACUUGUUCUUCUUAGCAGCUCGUUCGGAGGAAAGAGCCACACUGUCUCGCUGUAUGAAGACCCAAACACCGAACUGGCGAAAGAGCGCAAGGACGUCGUGCAUCGCGUUCUCUUGAACCGCAAAGAGGAUGAGGAGAUGAGACAGUUCCGUGAGGAGGUAAUCUACAAGGAGAUCUCGAGAAGCUGGGAUAUGGAAGAGAAGAUGGAUCGGUGGCGCGCCUACCUCGAGCGUUGUUACGAGGCUAAUGAGCGUCUCAACCAGGACGAAUUGUCAGCUGUGUUGUACGAGAUGGACCAAGCCAAACUCGCGACCAAGAACAAGAACCAAGCACACGUUGAGCAAAAUCGCUUCGAACUCACUGAGUACGGACGUAAGAGUGUGGGCGCUUUGCUGCCGAAACAGUUCGCCACGAAACUGUGUGUCCGAUACAGUGUGGCUCCCGGUAUCUUCACAUCGGACCUGCGCCGUGCCGUCACGCGGCAUUUGAAGACCGGUAAGAUCCCUCUCGAUGCGGAUGAAGAGCAGAUCCUGGAAUAUAUCGACAACUAUGGCCCAGCAAACCUCGCCAAGGAAGGCCGCAAGCUUCGUCUUAGCAUUCGAACGUGA